CACACGCUUACACAAUCACAACUCACACCAAAGUGACACUUUCCUCGUGUACAGAUGAGCACACGCACGUGUUGCCCAGAAGGUAUUUUGAUAGCACAUUUCUAAAUAAUAUAUAACUUUAUAGUAACUUUAGAAUAACACGUUUUGCUUAGUAUGUGGUUCACUUAUCCAGAAUGAGUUUUAACACCCCUUAUAAAAAAAAAAAAAAAAAAAAAAAGGUUUGUUGUUAAACGCCGCCCCGCUGAAGUACAUUUACAGAGGGUCGUUAUAUGGCGUGGGCACUGUCUAAAAUAGCCUCCCUGCGCUCCGGGGUCGUGUUGAGCGGCGCAGUUGUUGCGCAGAGCGGCAGGUGUGCGCUGCGGGUGCUUUACGCAGUCAACCGAGGAGCUCUCCCACUCAUUCAGCACUGACCAGCACAGCUUGGCACAAUUAAGCACUACUGCUCCGGGCGCCCUUUUCUUCAACCUUUAUGGUGGCAAUGCUGUAAUUACACGUCUCGUUUAACGGAGCUGACAGAGGUUGGACAAUGUGCUAAUGAUGCCGCCAUUCAAUGGAUGGGUUUUGCAAAUUGUUUAUUACAUUUUUCCAGAGCAGGAUCGUCGGUAUGAUACUUAAAUGAACCUCCUGUGUCCUUCAAGCCAAAGUCGUAGUGCAAAGCUCCAGUCUACUGUGGCUGUAUCUGUAUGGAUGGGAAUGGGAACACCGGCUGCCUGCAAUAACCAUGUACAAAUUACAUGGAAACCUCAAGUUUUCAUCAUACUGCUACUUCUUCUCCUUUUAGCUUCGCAUGCUUGGGCCCAGUGUAAAAUCCUGAAGUGCAACUCAGAAUUUGUGGCCGCAACAUUAGAUAUGGGAGGCAGUAGUGGUGGUGGUGGUGUUGGUGUUGGGAAAGAAGCAGGCAAUGUGGGUUACUGCAGCGCACUGCGCUACUACGCCACCUGCACCCGGCGCACUGCCCGUGCUUGCCGCGGUGACCUGGCUUACCACUCUGCUGUGCAAGGCAUCGAGGACUUGCUUAUCCAACACCGCUGUCCUAAAUCAGGGCCAACAGCUCAACCCCGGCCUCUACCCCAGGCCCCGGUAUCUGGUGAUGCCUGCUUUUAUGAGAAAAGCUAUGUGCAGCGUGAAGGCCGUGCACCAGAGUACCUGCACUGUGGUGUGUUUGGAGACCCUCAUAUCCGCACUUUCAACAAUGAGUUCCAGACGUGUGCUGUACCUGGAGCCUGGCCUCUCAUCGACAACCAGUUUCUUUAUAUACAGGCCACCAGCUCACAGACCACAGACAGCUCUUAUGGCACUACACUAACCAAGAUCACUAUAAUUUUUAAAAACUGGCGGGAGUGUGCUGAGCAGCAGAUUUACCAGGCAGAGGUGGACAAUGUUCCUGCAGCAUUUGUAGAUGGUUCUACAAGCAGUGGUGAGCGGCGAGGCAAGCACAGCCUGCAGGUGCGUUCCCAGGCCCUGGGACGGCAUGCUGAGAUCUGGGCAGUGCACAUCGGCACCACAGUGGUGGUACGUCAGAGUGGCCACUCACUUGGGCUGGCUGUGCGCUCUCCACGUGCCAUUAUUGAGUCAUAUACACCUGAGCAGGACCUGCAACUGUGCCUGUGGGGAUGCCCAGCCUCGCAGCGCAUACAGACGCCGCCUGUUUGGCCCACCACGCUUGCAUACACUCACUGCUCAUCUCUCCUGCCAGCCCAGGACGUCUACUUCCAGGCAUGUCUUUUUGAUCUCCUGGCCACUGGGGACAUGAACUCCAGUUCAUCUGCACUCGAGGCUUUGGAGGAUGCCCGAGCCAUGAUUGCUGAUCCAGAAAAGGUGCAUCUAGCUGCUGCUGCAGCAAGCAAGCAACAAUCGUGGCUCAUAGUAGUAUUCAUGACUCUGUUUACAUUAAGACAUUAAGAUAUCAUAUUGUGAAUGUGAUCAUGCUGAUAUCUUUCAAAUGGCAGCUAUUUUCUAUUUCAAGAUUUUGUAAAAGGAAAAAAAAUCGUUUUUCUCUUAUAGAUUUUCCAUGUAAUAUUUUCUCGGUAACUUGGUGAUUGAACAAUCAAACAGAUUUUUUUAAAUCAAAAUCUCUCAUAAAUGGAUAAAUGUGACUUCAUGAUUACAAUUACAGGACCUCAACAUGGAAUGUUAUUUGUAUUUUCAGAUCUAAGUGAAAGUGACAAAAUAUCUCAAUACUAUAAUUUAAUGUAUGAAUCCUUAUUAUUAUAACUAGAUAUAUAUCGGAUGACUGUCCAAUGGGAUCUUCAUUAGAAGACAGUCUGGAACUGUCUUUUGGGAAAUUCAGUAUUUUAUUUAAAAUAUAUUUGCGAUAUUUUGGUAAAAUAUUUUUGUUUUUUUUAGUUUAUGUUAAAAAUACCAUGUAUUCGAAUGUGGGCCUUCUGUUAACAGGCAUAAUGAACCUUCAAAAAGAGCUUACUAUUUCCACACAGUCGAAUGUAUUUUUUAAAAAUGUGCACAUGAAUGAA